AUGCCCGGAGUUGGUGCUUGUAUUGACUGUACCCAUAUAAAGAUACAAAACCCGGGUGGUCCAAAUGGGGAAGUUUUUAGAAAUAGAAAAGGAUGGUUUUCAUUAAAUGUUCAAGUAGUUUGUGGUCCUCAAAUGGAAAUAUAUGAUGUGGUGGCUCGAUGGCCAGGAAGUUAUCAUGACUGUUUUAUAUUCAAUGCAAGUCGUGCAUGCACUUUCUUUUCCCGCAAUAAUAAUACAUUACUGCUUUUAGGAGAUAAUGGUUAUGCUUGUAAACCAUAUCUUUUCACUCCACUUUUAAAUCCUAUUACCAAUUCAGAAAAAAACUACAACAAAGCACAAAUUAAAACGAGGAAUAUUAUAGAACAAGUUUUCGGUGUGUGGAAAAGAAAAUUUCCUUGCUUAAGGAGAGGUCUAGCCAACUCCACACUGACGGCAGUUUCAAUUAUUGUAGCUUGUGCUGUUUUAUACAACAUAAGUUUAAAAUUAAGAUUACUUAAUAUAGAUGACAAUGAUAAUGAAGAAGUUGAUAAACUUGACGAUCCUUUUAGAGAUAAUAAUCUCAACGGAGAAAUCAUUGGUGCUGCUGCUAGGAGAGGAUACAUCAUCAGACACUUUUCUUAA